CGGCCGGAAUCCCCUUGGAGGAAAUGUAGGCAUAGACUCGCACUGGGCUCGCUGCUCGCCCGCUUUCGCAUCUAGCUCAGUUGUUUAAGGCAACAACAACAACAACAACAACAACAACAAGAAAAUGAAGGUCUCCAGCAUUGACUGCCGGCGUCUGAAGAAGAUCAUCAGGAAGGAGUGCGGGAGCUGUCUCAUUGUGGACUGUCGACCCUAUUUUUCAUUCACGAACUCCAGUAUUAAAGGGUCCGUCAACGUCAAUCUCAACUCUCUGGUGGUCCGGAGGUCCCGGGGAGGGCCUGUGCCUCUGCAGUUCGUCAUCCCGGACGAGAGAGCCCUGUUUCGGCUCCGGGAAGGGAGCAUAUCGGCGAUCGUGGCUCUCGAUGACCGGACGUCCCACUGGCAGAAGCUGAAAAAGGACAGUGUAGCACAAAUAGUAAUAAACACCCUGUCGCAUCUAGCGAGCGGAGCAAGCAUCUGCUUCUUGAAAGGAGGAUACGAAAACUUCUACUCCCAAUACCCUGAACUUUGCACUGAGGUGAAAACCAUUGACCAGAGCGGAACUGAAACCGAGAAAAGAGUCAGCAGCCACAGCGAGAAGCUUUCUCACCGCAUACCAGAUUAUGAUCAGGGUAAACCCGUAGAGAUCCUGCCUUUCCUCUACCUCGGCAGUGCCUACCACGCUUCUAGACAGGACUAUCUCAGCGACCUUCACAUCACAGCCUUGCUCAACGUGUCGCGUCGGGACCUGCAUCCGACCAGGGGCCACUAUGACUACAAGUGGAUCCCGGUGGAGGAUAGCCCCAUGGCCGACAUUAGCUCACACUUUCAGGAGGCAAUAGAAUUCAUUGAUCAAGUGAAGCAAUCAGGAGGGAAGGUACUGGUACACUGCGAAGCAGGCAUCUCACGUUCGCCCACCAUCUGCAUGGCGUACAUCAUGAGGACCCAGAAACUGAGGCUCAAUGAAGCCUUCGAGGUCAUCAAGCAGCGGCGCUCCGUCAUUUCGCCAAACUUCAGCUUCAUGGGCCAGCUGUUGCAGUUCGAGUCCGAGGUCUUGUCCAACGCCCCGGCCAUGGCUGCCACGCCCGAACCGGCCACUCCGUGCGUCACAGAGUCAGCCUCGUUUUUUGCCAAUGACUUCUCCGCCACUUUCAGCACCAAAAACUUUGAGCCAUCCAUGUUCACCCUCCCUACCUCUUGCCUGCAGUCCCCAGUACACCACCCGUUGAAACUGAGCCCAAUAACUGCACUGCCUUAAAGAAAGAAAAGAACUACGAUUGCUUGGUAGUAUUACUUGAAAUUUUAAGAAUCAAUGCUUUCUGCGUGCCUGAUGUUGAAACCAGCAGAGCGGGUAGACGCAGCGGAAAUCAGCAAGAGACUCAGCGAAGCGUUAAAAACAACAAAAAACUGUGUUCAGUCGAAAGGUUUUCCCGUCUUUUGCGCUGCGGUGAUGAAACAACACAGCACAGUGAUUAACUGCAAUAUACAUGCCUUAGGUUAAUAUUGUGAUUCACUUGCCUAUUCACAAUUACGGUUAGGCAUUUAAACCUAAUUUAUUU